AUGACAAAAGUGAUCUUAGAAGGUGGUAAGCAAGUACUUAUACGCGAAGCGGAAAGUGGCUUCUCAUAUUUGAGUUUGGUAGAUCAAGUUGAUGUACUGCCGCAUGAUUAUAUCCAAAAUCCACAUUUCAAACAAAAUGUGUACGUGAUGCAAUCUCAUGACAACAUUGGCGUUGGUUAUGUGUUGAAAAGUGUUGCAGAAAGAAUGAUUAAUUUAGCUGGUGAGGAACUCGAUGAUGUCUUUGAGGUUUCGGCAGAAGACCGGUCAAUGAGAUUCAAAUCCCCUGACUUUAGGGUUAGAAACGAUGGUCUAAAUGCCCUGGCAAUGAAACUAAGGGAUCAAAUGGCUUUUGAGUGUCUGUUGGGCUGGAGGAAUGAAUUUUACGCCGUUUACGCAAAUAAAAUGCCGUAUGUUUUGGUGGAAAGGGCCAUGUCAGGUCUGCUGGGAAUUGUCACAUACGGAGUACACGUAAAUGGCUUUGUUAGAAACUCGGAAACUGGCGAAACCUCUUUUUGGAUUCCUCGCAGAUCGGCCACGAAAACUACGUGGCCAUAUAUGCUUGAUAACAUUGUGGCCGGAGGAUUAGGCUACCCUCAUGGUAUUUACGAGACGGUGGUGAAGGAGAGCCUUGAGGAGGCCAACUUGCCCAAAGAUGUCAUUGAAUCUCACAUCACACCGGUAGGAGCCGUUUCUUACUUUUAUUAUCAGACUGGAGCUGAUGACGACAAAUUUCAAACUGAAGCUUCUCUAAUAACUGGGGAAGUGGAGUACCUAUACGAUUUAGAGCUACCACCAGGCUUAAACCCCUCCCCGAAUGACGAUGAAGUUGACAGCUUUCAGUUACUGUCCCUACAAGAGACCAUUAAUGCUCUAAAGAAUAAAGAAUUCAAGCCCAACUGCGCUCUUAUAAUGUUGGAAUUUUUUAUUAGGCACGGCUAUAUUAAUUCCGAGAAUGAACCGAAUUAUCUGGAUAUAAUUACUCGCAUCCACCGCAAGCUUCCUUUCCCUACCCGCAAUUAA